UAUUUCAAAAGUUCAACACAAUAAUUGGUCUAAUUACUCUAAAUUCUAAUUAGUAAUUACCUAUGUGUAUAAUAUAUAAAAAAAAUGAGAUGGUUAAUACGAUGAAACAUAUCUUUCACGCGCUGUAGUGGGCGAUUAGGUGCAACAAUAUUAUACUUCAUUAGGCAAUGUGUAAGUGCAAUACGGCAGGUCUGAGUUUGUUUACAAUGUUUACGUAUCCGACAUACACUAUAUACGCUAUUAUAAUAUUUUAGUCAGUGGUUUACAUGGCUAUAACAAGUCUGCAGCUGCUGCUAUAGACAACCAGCUCAAUCGUCUUUAAACUUCCGCGGUACCUAUCGGCUAUUACGGUCAUUAACAGCUAGAUUGAUAAUACAGAAGUGAUAAUAACUAUCAUAAGUUUGAAUUAUCAAUUAUCUUCAAAUAACAUUUCGUUUCAAUCGUAUCGUACGCUAUUAUACAUACACGACUGUUAUAGUACUAUAUAAUAUAGUUGUUAUAGUUAGUAUUUCGGCCUUCGGGAACAUUGAGAGUCGCUAGCCGCUGUAGUGCCGUACGUGUAAUGAUAGAAUACUGCCGUGCUGCUCUUUAGAUAAAUACUUCAUUUUGUACAUUUAUUUACCGUUCAUAUAAUGAAUACUUCCACACAAUACAGUAUGCGUUGGGAUGAUUUUUCAUCCCAUUUCACAAAUGAAUUUGUGUCUCUACGGAAUGACGAACAAUUCGUUGAUGUCACACUAUGUUGCGAUGAUCAAUUCAUUAAAGCUCACAAAGUUAUUUUAUCAGCAUGCAGUCCUUAUUUUAAAAAAAUACUCAUGAUGAAUCCAUCAAAACAUGUCACAGUUAUUAUGCACAACGUGGAAUAUGAACUCAUGAAAACUUUAGUUGACUUUAUGUAUUUAGGAGAAGUACUUGUAAAUCAAAAUAAUGUUGAUAGGUUCUUUAAAUUAGCCAAGACAUUUAACAUAAAAGGAUUUCAAAAUGGAUUCAAUAAAAAUGAAAGUUCAAUUUUGCCUUCCUUAUGUGAAAAUGUAGAGCAAGAUGUGCCAAAAAAUGAUGUUAUUGAUUCUAUGGAUAAUCAUGAUGAUGGAUUAUUUGCUAAUCAACUAGAUCAACUCAAUCAACUUGUGAAUCCAAAUGAAAUAAUUAAACGGAGAAAAAUAGAAACAAAUUAUUGGCAACAAUCUACUGAAACAACUCCAUCAACACAACCUGAAAAACAAAGGUGUCAUUCUUUGGAUCCACGGCCAUGUCCAGAGUGUGGUCGUCAAUAUAGCAGUUUAUCUAAUUUGAGACAACAUAUUGAAUUAAUUCAUAAACCUGGUUGUGUUGUUUGUCCUUUAUGUGGUAAAACAUUCAAAAAUAAGCUUUACCUACGGCGGCAUUUUAUUAGUUUUCAUGAAAUGUUACCAUCCAAAGUACAAAAUACAUCUGAUCCAGGUACACCUUACACUUCAACUCCAUUACAUUAUCAAUCUGAUCAAAACCAACAAAGAUUACAAAUCAAAGAGCAGUCUAAUUCUCAACAGUUAAGUUCUACUUGUUUUGAUCAAAGUAUACAUCCACGUUAAGUAAAGCUAAAUGACAAAUGUAAACUUACUUUUUUUAAUAAUUGUUGUUAUUGUAUUAUUAUUGAGUAUUAUCAAAGGCCACAAAUUAAAGCGUCUUAUUGUAAAUUAAAUAUUGACUUUUUAUGUGCAAUUAUAUUAAAUGUAAAUAAUUUAUUCUUUAUUAAAAAAUAUGAUAUUUUUUACAGGCACAUGUUCAGUGAGUUUAUAGGGUCCAAAUCCUCCCAAACAUUUUCCAUGAUAUGCAUUUUUUUAUUUUUUUAAAGUAUUAUAAUAAUAUUUGGAAUCAAAACCCCCAAUUCUCCUUAAUAAAAUUCUGGCUAUGUGCCUGAUUUCAUGAUCUCUAUAUUAAGUAUUACAAGAUACUACACAUCUUCUAUACAAACCAAGAAUUAUAUUUAGCCUGUAUCUAAUCUUAUUUAUAAAACCAUUAAAUAUGGUGCUAAUAUUUGUUAUCCAAAUAGAUUAAAAUAUUUAAAUCUUUUAAUAUCAUAGUUUAAUCAAUUUAAAAGUGAAUGUUUAAAUAUUUUUUAUUAGAUACUUAUCAUUGUCUUCUAAAGAUAGAUAAUGCUACUAAUUUAUUUAAAAUGUAUCACCAUUUAUAACCCU